ACAGCUGUCUUUCUGCACCGUGUUUUGUUGCGUGAUUUCUGCCCUGCACACCCGCUCAAUUCUACAACUUUUUUUCGGCAUUUUCACGGAAAGUAAGCGGCGGAAGCAUUUGCAAAGUCUGGAGGAAAAAUGCUCUCCCGAGCGUGUAGACUUGUGUCCAGGAAUUCCUUACAUGGAAGGGUUGUUUGUGUGCGGGAAGGAGCAGCAGUACCAACCAGUGUCCACCGAGGGCGCGAUUACCACAUUGCCUCGGGACAUGCGACAGCCACCCUGCUAAACGCGAGGUUCUCUCCCGUCAAACCCAUCACGGCUACAGUGCUGAUGCGAAAUCUCAGCACAGCCGAUGGCGACAAAAGUGCGCUGCUGGAAACGAUCCCGGAACCGCCCGCGAUUCCACAGGCUGGCGCACCGGAGAUUGCCGACAUUGUGGCCGGUGCCGAGCCCGCCUUUUCCACGCUCGGACUGGGCGGCUGGACACCGGUCGGCAUUGUGCAAAACUGCAUGGAAUUCCUGCACAUCGGGCUCGACCUGCCGUGGUGGGGCUGCAUCGCGAUCGGUACGGUCUGCGUGCGAACGCUGCUGUUCCCGCUUGUCAUUGCGUCCCAGCGCAAUGCGGCCAAGAUGAACAACUAUAUGCCACAGCUGCAGGUGCUGCAGAUGAAGAUGACCGAAGCGCGGCAGGCGGGCAAUGCGAUCGAUUCCGCCCGCUACGGCCAGGAGAUGGUGCUGUUCAUGAAGGAGAAAAACCUGAACCCGCUCAAGAACAUGCUCGUACCGCUGGCCCAGGCGCCGAUCUUCAUUUCCUUCUUUAUGGGUUUGCGCGAGAUGGCCAACACGCCGGUCGAGUCGAUGCGCGACGGAGGGCUGUUUUGGUUCACGGAUUUGACGAUCUGCGACCAGUUCUAUGCGCUACCGAUCAUCACCAGCUUGACGCUGUUCGCUACGAUCGAGCUCGGCACGGACAGUGCGCGAAUGUCGGCCGCCAACAUGCAAACGGCCAAGUACAUUCUGCGCGCACUGCCGCUGUUCAUCUUCCCGUUCACGAUCAAUUUCCCGGGCGCCAUUCUGUGCUACUGGGCGUGCAGUAACUUCUUCUCGCUAGUGCAGGUCGGCUUCCUGCGGAUACCGAAGGUGCGCGACUUCUUCAAGAUCGAUCGUAUCGUUACGCACAAACCGGAAACGCUGCCCAUCAAGAAGAAGGGCUUUACCGAUGGUAUUAAGGAAUCCUGGACCAACAUGAAAAUUAGCCGAGAGUUGGAGGAGCGAGCACGCAUCGAUGAGAUUCGUUUCCAGAAGGCCGGCAAGGGACCGCUGGUGAAAACGUUCAAAUACGAUCCGACGGCACCCCGAACGGGCACCUCCAGCGCGGUUAAUGCGAAAAAGCGGUAAUGCCCACGAUCGGAUAACUUCACACAGUGUAAAACCAAACCACUUCUACCGUAGCUGCAUGCAGUAAUGCAAUAAAAACAUCCAACUCCUUGGAGGAAAA